AUGCCAGUACGUUCAACCACAUCUGUGUAUCCACUGAAAGCCAUAUGUAUUGGCAAUCACUCUGAUAUAGUACUUUUCAUUAGCGUUUUCUUUCUGUGUGCAUGCAAAUUGCAAUAUACUGUACAUCUUGAGAAAGCACAGUGAGAGGUCUCAACUUUAUUUGUUGUCUUUAAAUAAGUCAUGUGAGUGCUGCCUAGAUGUGUCUGCCAAUCUAUAUUUCAUUAUAGUGUGUCUAUAUUCUAUAAAUAUUUGUUUUUUCUUCUGAUAAGAAAUUGAUUGCCUCUCUCGACAGGUGGAUGAUAAAGAUGAAGAAAGGACUUUUGAAACGAUACAACUUGGUAAUUACAUUUUAAGUAUUGUGAACAGCAUUUUUAUUUCUAAUUAUAUAGAACGGUUAUCCAUCAAUGGCGAUUAACAUAUCUUUCAGCGUACUUACUGCAGACAUUUUGAAGUAUACUGUCAAAAUAUAUUCGGUCAUGUUUCUUUUUAAACUGGAAUUUCCUAUAAUAAAUUGGCCAUCAGCAUAGACAUAGGCAGACUUCUUUGUAUGCUCACUGUACACAUCAGCAGGCUACACUAACAUGGGGUAACAGUGGGAAGGGGAAAAGCAUUACCUGUUUUUGUACACCGUACCUUCAAUGAUUAUCUCUCCUAGAUGUAUAUCCAGUGCUCACUCUUUCCUUAUUUGAAGCCUUUGUUACCCCUUGUGUGUACAAUUUGACCCCCGACCACUAUUAUGUUGAGGUGAAUAUGAUAUCUGUGUGAAAAGAUAGUGCAUUUUAAAAGUCGCACAGCAAAAUUUCUUUUCUUUUUUUUUUUCAUUGGUGUUGUGUGUGUUUCAAUUUUGGGAUUAUAUAUCAGUGUUCAGCAUGUUGAUUGAGUGUGGUCCACACUAGAUUUCCCUUUGGAUAAGACUUUCCUUUUUUUUUUGUAAGAAACAAAUGUACAUUCCUUAUUUAAGGGUUACACUUCGAAGAAACUCAUUUAAGAAGUAUACUUGUUUUGCCUUUGUUCCUGGUCUAUUUCCAUUUUCAAUAUUUUUCUGUUCGUUAAAUGCAGUUUUAAUUGAAAAAAAAUUAGUUGCUGGUUUUUAUUUCAGUGAUCUCAUUAGAUUUGUGCUUUAUACUGUCAAACUGUAACAGAUUUGGUAUUGUUUUGCAGAGUCCAUUCCCUUGAUUGAGCCUUCUAAGCAGGACACCGAGCCACAGGUAAAUUCGAGUUUUAUCUCUGUUAUGUUUUUGCAUGUUUGCUGGUAUAUUGGUAAAAAAUUUUGACUGAUGGUGUUCUGGUUCGGACCUUUUGCAUGCAUUGCACACUUGCCUUUUUAACAGAUUUGCUUGCCAAUAAAGUAAUGUGCAGGUCUGUUAUAAAGUGCAUUUCAGUUAUACAGAGCACGGUCGUUCUUUACGCCCGUCCAUCAUUUUUAACAAAGAAUCCAGUGCAAUCUCUUUAAUCCAUUAUAAUGUAUCUUUAUAGUUACAGGCAAUAUCUCCAUACAUUACAUGUGGCCCUUUCGGAUAAUAAAACAAAUACGAGACAGCAGUUAAAAGAGAUGCCAUGUUGCAUAGGAAAGGGAUUUAAUGUGUGUAUGUAGUAUGUGUUCUAUUGUGUAUGUGGUAUAUACAUAAGUUACAAUAUACAUGAUUAUUUAUUACCAAUUGUUUGUUUUUAAAAUACAAUUCAAACAAUAUAGUGUAGUGUUUUCACUUUUUUUUUCUCUUUGUACAUAUGAUCAGAGUUCAGAAGAAAAUGAAGAAUCUACUUCUGUAAAGGCUAAGAAAUCUACAGGGCGCAAACCACUUGUCAAAGUGAAAGGUAUGCCAGCACUGAAUUUAAAGGGUAACAUUACUAUUCAAGAAAACAAGCAUAGGGGGAAAAAAAAAUACAAAAACAAGUGAAUUCAAACACAAGUUAUAGUUUUAUAUUCUUAGAAUAUUUUUAACGUGUUUAUAUUCGGUGUGGAUUGACAAAUCUAGGUCACCAUGGCAGCAUAAAAACACCUAUAGUUUUCCACCUUGUCUUAAAGGACCACUAUAGUGCCAGGAAAACAUACUUGUUUUCCUGGCACUAUAGUGCCCUGAGGGUGCCCCCACCCUCAGGGUCCCCCUCCCGCCCGGCUCUGGAAGGGGGAAAGUGGUAAAAACUUACCUUUUUCCAGCGCUGGCGGGGAGCUCUCUGCCCUCUCUCUCCUCCUCCGGGGCUGAAUGCCGUAGCGGCAAGAGCUCUGGCGGCGCAUUCAGCCCGUCACUGAAAGCAUUUACAAUGCUUUCCUAUGGACGCUUGCAUGCUCUCACUGUGAAAAUCACAGUGAGAAGCACGCAAGCGCCUCUAGUGGCUGUCAAUGAGACAGCCACUAGAGGAUUAGGGGGAAGGCUUAACCCAUUCAUAAACAGCAGUUUCUCUGAAACUGCUAUGUUUAUUAAAAAAAUGGGCUAACCCUAGCUGGACCAGGCACCCAGACCACUUCAUUAAGCUGAAGUGGUCUGGGUGCCUAGAGUGGUCCUUUAAAAAAAAAAAAAAAAAAAGUUCUUAAAUGGGCAUGCAUCACUUUGAGACAAUUCUUUCAAAUACUUUAGCUUUAAAUGAAACAGUUGCCUCACUCUGCAGGCUUAAAAUAAAAAAAGCUGGUAGUGUUUGUUUUUUCUAUAUUUAUCUGCUGCUUUUUUCUUUUGCUUUCCACAACCACUCUAGGGGGGGGGGACUGAUCUACCCAAUCAAUGUCCUAUCACUAGGAAUGCAGGAAAAAUGCGUUGGGUAUGCUUGUGACAUCCUGACAAUGAGAUUAGUAUGCUCGUGCAAAGCAGGGGCUGAUGUCGAUUUUUCUCUCUCUCCUGCUGCUGAACAAUUAUUAUUGCCAUUUAUAUAGCGCCCACUUAUUCCGCAACACUUUACAUUAAUAUGAUGUCCGGUUUCUGUUGUUAGUUGACUGGAAUAAUACUGAGAUGGGUGGGCAAGAGAAGAAGGUGGCUUAAUUAACUCCCUUAGCUGGAAAUCAUGUGCAAUCUGACCAAGUGUAUAGUAAGUUUUAAACGUUUAUAUCAUACAUACAUACUUGUACAGCAGUGACGUCUGCUCCAGGCACUGAAGAUGGCCAUGCCAGGGAGGGGGGACAGUUUUAAAUCUCACCUUUACCAGCCCCAUUCCUGGCCACCAUCAGACAAAUUCUGCAAAGUCCCCAGACGGUGACAGAGCUGCUUUAAAACUAGCUUUCAUCUCACAGCUAAACAAGAAUUUGUCCAGUACUAUUACAGUUAAGAUUUGCUGAGAGGAGGCCAUAUUGAUUUCCAUGGGGAGUCUUCCCUGGAAUCUGCUCAAAUUGCUUAGAUGUUUCCACAAUCCUUUACAUGGUGACUAAUCUAGGAGUCUCUAUUUGCCAGAGAUGAUCCAGUAAUGAAGAGAAAUGGAAUUUUAGUUUCCAUUAAAGGGACAAUCCAGACCCCUAAAGCAUUUCAGCUGUGUGAAGAGGGGGUCUAUCCCCAGAUAUGUCAGACAACUGGCCCUGGUCGUUUAACUCAGUGUAGUGAAACUCAAGUGGCAGACCAUUGCUCAGAGCACCUGCCUUGCAAAGACAUUUUAUUGAGCUGAAUUGGGAAGUCUGUGAUUAGUCAGCCACAGAAAGUCUGUGUUUGGGAAGAAGGGGAAGACUUGCAAAGGCAGCAGACAAUAGACGUGCAGCUUUUGCAAGCUGUUUUUAGAUAUACCCUCAAUGAAAAAUGUAUCUUUAAAUGCAUGUAUGUUUCCAUUGGAUGCGAUCUACUAAAUAGUGAUUCAUUUACUUAUUUGAAGUUUGGUCAGUGGAGUGUCCCUUUAAAUGCUAUGGCGAGGUGUUAGUUAAAAGACCAAGAUUUUUUUUUGAGAAAUGCUGGCGUGUCCCUAUAAAGGACUAUUCUUCACGUACUGUCACAAAAAAAAAAAAAGUAUUUCUUCUUAAUGAUAAAUCCUUUAUCUUCUGAAUGUUGACCACAUAUUCAUGAAGCUUCUCUGUUACUUAUUUGUGGUUCUUCUACCUUUUCUUAUAUUUAAACAUUUUUGUUUCUCUCCUACCGUCGCCUUUUUGGCUAUACAUUAAAGCGGCACUGUCAUGGCCGCAUUUAUUUAUUUAACCCCUCCUUUCUACACUACAUCUACUUGCCGUCCCCCAUACCCAUUACCUUUUUUUAAAACUUUAUUUUGUGACCGGACCUAGGUCCUGGGUGCUGCCAUCCCACUGUGGGACACAUCAUCUUCCCACACUAGAUAGCGAUGUGAAAUUCUCGCGCAUGCCCAGUUAAACACUUGGGCAUUUGGAUGGGAAUUCCGUCCAUUUAUUUGUCAGAAAGACGAAUAAAUGAAUAUAAAUUUCAAACGAAUGAACAAAGACCUCUUCAUUCGUUCUUUUGGUUUAUUACAAGGAGGGAGCUACCAGUUUGCGGCUCCCUCCUUGUAAUAUGUGAAAAUAGUACUUUUUUACAGAAACUGUUUGAUCAGUCCAUUAUAAAAUUAUUUUUUUUGUUCAUUUGAGUAUGUAUAGCCUAUGUAUAAGAAUAGUUGGUGAAAUAUUAAAAUCCUCUUUAUUUUUGAUAAUUAAAAUGGUAUCAAAUUAGCUAUAGCGAUGGAUGUUUCAAGGGGAUGUUAAAACUAUAAACAAAAAAAUAAUAAAAUAGUCAUAAAAUGCACUAAAGUUGUAUAACUCAAUUAAAAAUCCACAUGUGAGAAAUUUAUCAAGACAAAAAUAGGUGCUAUUAUGAGACAGAUUGCUUAAUAAGUGCAGUCACCAGGAAACAAAUUGAAUGUCUCAACAUAUACCAGGUUUCACCUGUAAUAGCAGAUUUUGCCUUAACUCCCCUCCAGUAUGAUUCUUACAUUUUGUUUGCAGUAGAAUUGCAUUUCAUUUUACCAGUAAGAUUAAAUACUGUACCGAUUUCCUUUACUACAGACGAAGGAGCAAAAGUAAAUGAAGAAAUAGAAAAGAAAAGCUCUCCCAAUUUGAAAACUGAUGAGGUAACUGCUUUAUUACUCUUAAUAUUUCUUGUACUUGCAUGUUGGCAUUUUUACACUUUGUGUUAUAAUUAUAUUUCCUGGCUAAUGAUGGCAGAAUAUACAUCAUGGGUUAGCUCUGACCCUUACAGUUGUGAAAACACUUAAAUCUUU